AUGGAUAUGAAACUAAUUCGUUCCGACCCAGAUGAAUAUACAACAAUGAAAUCUAUGAUCUGUUUUCCAAUAGGAUGUGUCAUUGCUUUAGUGUUUUAUUACUCAGUUAUUGUACCAAUUCGUCUUCAAGAAGACACUAAAAGAGUUGUUGGAGCACUUCUAGGCAUAUCUCUAGCUGUUGGAUUUGGCAUCAGUACACAGGUUCGAUGUAUUAUCACACUUGUAAUCCCCAUCUUCUUUGGUAAAAGUGGUCGUUCCUAUGUGGCUGCAUUUGCCGUUGUUUAUCUUAUAGGUGGUCCAGUAGCCAAUCUGAUGAAUAAUGCACAAGAAGUAACAGGUUCUUUAAGUUGUAUUACAGAAUUAUUAGCCAAUCAUACAGCCUCGAAGUGGGAAUUAAGAUUAAAGCCUUUAGGUGACUCGUUAAAGGAAUUACAGGAUUACAGAUGUGAAGACGUAUUUAGCCAAGGCGUUAUUCGCUGCAGGAAAUGGUUUGGCAGUGCUUUUGAUAAAUGUAUGAAAGCCCUCUGGGUCCUUGGUUAUGCCGUCUGUUGGCCAAUGAAGUUGGAUUUUUUCUGUGAAUUGGUACGGUUUGUACCUGGUGCUGCAGGUUUAGAUUGUAAUUCCAUGGCUGUUAUGAAUCCUGGCUUAGGUGAGGUUUUUUUGGCAGCUAAAAAAAUGACAAAUGGUUUAGAAUCCAAAUUAGCUGUUAAUUUACAGUUUAAGAUGGUUAAAUCUCCAGGCGAUCUUGAUUAUACAACAGCUGAAGAAACCAGAAAGUCCACCAUGCAUGAAUUCGAAACACGCAAAGUGGUUGUUGACUUUUUCAUGACAUUACUUCAAAGAUUGUUAGCGUUUACUUUUGUACUAGUUUUUAUCAGUGCUUAUAAAUACCACAAAAACUAUCUAUCCGACUUCCGUUACGAUAAUAAUUACAUCACUGCCUACUUCCGGCGAAUUGAUGCCAGGCGACAUGGAACGGACAAAAAGGUCCUACUUCCAUUAAAACGACUAGAAAGAAAUGAUGUCAUAUUCCCAUCCACGCCAAAAUUACAGAAGCGGGAAAAUAGAAAAUUGGUUAAAGGAACAGUUAAACUAUUAUUUCGUGUUAUUAUUAGUGGCAUUGUUGUUUUGUUAGAUCAUUUAUUGUAUACGGUGCUAAGUGUUAUAGGUACACAUAGUCAUGUUGAUUACAGACAAAGAGGUGAGCACCACAUCGAUUUGAAGGUAUAUGGUAAUGGUUUUAUGGGAGAUAUUGUCAAAUUGUUCCUGGAAGCUUUUAAUCAAAAACACGAGAUUGAUAAUAUUACUACAAACUUAGGAUGUCUACCGAGGCCCAGUAAAGUUGAUUCUGUGAAAGUGUAUAUGAUGUUUGGUAUAUAUGCUGCUGUUUGGUGUUUAUUAUAUCUACAGGCGUAUGGUCUUAGGAUGAGACGAGUAAUAUCAGGUUUUUAUUAUAGAAAGAGGGAAAAACGACGCACUUUAUAUUUAUAUAAUGAUAUGCUGAAGAAAAGAAAUGGUUUUUUACGUCAUAUGAGACAUAAAGUUAGAAAACAAGUCAAAGCUAGAGAAUUAAAGGUAAAAACGAGCUUAGUCGUUUCCUUAAGAAGAGAGUUUCCUAUCAUUUGUUGUUUUCUCAUACUGUUUGGUAGUUCAAAAGAUACUUGUCUAAUAUGUGAGGAUACAGAAGGGAGAGGCUUCUAUAAAUGUACCACUUCAGGGUGUAAUUUUGGAUAUUGUCAGGAAUCUGCAACAUUGUGA